AUGAAGUUCCUUUCUCUUGCAUUGCUGGCCCUGCUCCCUGCCACUGUCCUUUCUCAAACCGCUGUGCCAAUCUUCUGUGAAACUUUUGAAUUGACCAUCUCUGCUGUUUCAUUCAGCUUCCAAGACUGGGUGGGAGGUAGCGCUGUGAAUCACAAUGGAGGAGAAAUUGAGUGGGGAAAUCCCACUACCAGUGGCCAAUCCGGCUUGGAAACAUCUUCCAAUGUGCCUGGGACAGUGAUUCCUGGACCGGAGUUUCCCAUUGGUACCUUGACUCACAACAACAACCCCAUCACAGGUUCAGCCCUAACUCAAGUUGAUCUUGUGGUGUCAGUCACUGCCAAUGGUCAGGUCUACCCGUUUGUCUACCGGCUUUCCAUUCAUGAAACUCCAAACCAUCUAAGUAAUUGUCCUUAUGCGACCAUUGGGAGUCUUGGUUGUUCUGAUCGAGUCUUCAUUAUUGAUAAUCCUUCUCCACAAACUGUCAUGCUGGCUAAUGGAGUCAACUUUGAAAUUGAUCUGCUUGGUUUCCGCAUGUGCCCCACUUGUCCUAUCAAGACACAGUUCAUCUCUCAAGAGACCCGAUCGACCUCCGCCCAAUUGUUUGCAAACUUGAUUUUGACUGACUGCCCUCGUCGAGGUGGUGGUGGUGGAGACCCCCACUUUGAAACUUGGACUGGACACAAGUUCUAUGAUUACAUGGGAGCCUGUGACUUGCAUUUGGUUCAGGCCCCUCACUUUGCUCCUGCAUUGCCCUUGACAAUUGAUGUCCGAACCAAAAUUCGCUCUUGGUACUCCUUCAUUGAGUCUGCUGUUGUACAGAUUGGUGAUGAAACUCUUGAGAUUGGUUCCUUUGGAGAGUACUUGUUGAAUGGCGUUGAAGGUGCUGAAAUGCCCAACACAAUCGCUGGAUUUGAUGUCAAUGCAUUCAAUCCUACCAAGAAUGUGCACAUUUUGGAGAUCUACAUUGAUGAAGAUGAAAAGAUCAUCCUUCGUUCCUUCAAGGACAUGGUAACUGUCAAGAUUGAUAAUGCCAAGAAGGAACAAUUCCAUGGCAGUGCUGGUAUGAUGGGAGAAUUCGAGACCGGACAUGUCCUGGCCCGUGAUGGCAUGACCCGCAUGGAGGAUCCCAUUGCAAUUGCCAAUGAAUGGCAAGUCCGUGACACCGAACCAAUGCUCUUCAAUUCUGUCAAUGGACCUCAAUACCCCCAAGCCUGCCGCAUGCCUGAGCGCACAGCUCAACAAGCCCAGCGCCGUUUGGGUGGCAUUACUGUGUCCAAGUCUGAGGCUGAAACAGCAUGUGCUCAUUGGUCCAAAGCCAUGCGAGAGGCUUGUGUUAGCGAUGUUAUUGCCACUGGUGACUUGGAGUUGGCCGAGGCGGGAGAGCUAUGA